ACAAGAGAGGGGGGCAGAUAUACGGAGAGAGCAGAGAGGGAAACGGAAAAGAGAGUCGGACCUAGGGUUUCGACCCUAGGUCCGGCGCGGCGCGGCGACGACAUAUGGUCCGGCGGCGGCUCCAGCAGGUCCUCUGUGUGCAGCGUGCGAAUGAAGAAGAACAAGUCAGGGGAGUUUUUCUUGUGUUUUGAUUCCACUUCCAUUCUUAUUUAGGAUUUUUUAAACCUAUUAAUUUCUAAAAUUGAUGAAUUUGAAUCUCCAUAUUAAAUAUGUUUAUUUUCAAUUUCAUAAUUAUUUUUAUUGUUAAAUUAAUUAGUUAUGUCGAGAGAAAAAUUAAUUAAUUAAUGGAAAUUAGUUUUUGCCUUGUCUAUGAGGAUAUAAAAUUAAUUAAGCCAAACUUUUUAGAACACAUUAAUUUUGCCUUGUCUAAGGAAGCUUUCAAGGAGCCUGCCCCUUCUGUCCCUAACGCUAAGGAUGAGGUGGAAACUCAUGAGGACAAUGGAAAUAAACAUUUGAAGGAAGAUGUUCCUGUGGAAAUAGUCAAUGUUGAUGAUCCUACACCGUCCUUUGCUGUUAAGGAUCCUAAUGAUGGGGACACUCUGAUGGGAACAGGGAGAAACCUUUGGGAUAAUCUGUCAAAGCAUUCUGGAGAUGGUCCCUGGGCCAUUAUUGGAGAUUUUAACUGUGUGGCUAGCUCUGAAGAGAGACUCAACUACCAUACCCCUUCUGCUUAUUCCAUGAUUGACUUAAUGCAAUUCAAAGUCAAUAAUGAUCUCAUUGAUGCCAGAGCAACAGGGUUGAAGUUCACUUGGAACAAAGGGAAGAAAUGGGCCAAAUUGGAUAGAGUUAUAAUUAAUCAUGAGUGGGAAACAAUUGGUUGGGAAUGCUGUGCUGAGUUUUGUGAUAUGGUGGUUGAAUCUGAUCACUAUCCUGUUCUGUUGGACCUUUUCCAGAAAGUUAUAAAGGGGAACAAACCUUUCAAGUUUUUCAAUAUGUGGUUAAGUCAUCAUUCUUUUGACAAUAUACUUGGUAGCAUUUGGAACAAUAGAGUUGAAGGAACCAGGCAGUACAGACUUUGCAAAAAGCUCAAGUUGCUUAAACAACCCCUGAGACAUCUUAACAACCUGGAAUUUGGUCACAUUUCACAAAGAGCUUCAGAAGCUAGAAAGGAUUAUAGCCAUGUCAUGAAGCAACUACUUCAAACUCCUAAUGAUGAUAUUCUCCUGGCUAGGAGUGAGAUGCUUAGAAAGAAAGCAAGUUUUUUGAAUGAUGCAGAGAGAUCCUUUUACCAGCAGAAGGUUAAAACUGAUCUUAUUAUUGAGGGGGACAAAUGCACUAAGUAUUUUCAUGCCUUGAUGAGGAAACAGCAUGCUCUCAAUUCCAUCCCCUUCAUUACUACUGAACAGGGAGGCAUGACUACUUCUGUGGAGGAGAUUUCAGAACAGUUCAUUGGAAUGAGCCAUAUACUGCCAGGAAUUAUUGAUAGUGCUAAGGGAGCCUUUGUGGAAGGGAGGAACAUGAUGGAUAAUGUUUUGCUUGCUCAGCAGUUGGUUAGAAGGUAUGCCAGGAAAAGAACUGCUCCUAAGUAUGACUUGAUGCUGUUUUCCAGAGGAGAUAUUGAAUCUGUUACUGUCCUGCCUGAUGCCCUUAAUCACUUCUCUCAGGCCUCUGGACUGAGAGUUAAUCCACAGAAAUCUAUCAUUUUCCUUGCUGGAGAGAUUAAGGAUAAUAGACAGGACAUCCUUAACUUGGUCCAAUUUCCUCUGGGAAGUCUCCCUGUUAGAUACCUUGGUUUGCCAUUAACUUCCCAAAGAGCCUCUGAAAGGGACUUUGCACCUCUUAUUGCUAAGAUCCAGGACAAUAUUUGUAAGUGGAACACUAAAACUUUGUCACUGGCUGGGAGAGUGGAACUGAUCAGAAGUGUAAUUCAAGGGAUCCAGUGUUUCUGGCUUCAGGCUUUCCCUAUCCAUAAGACUGUUCUCAAUAGAAUCACUAGUAUAUGCAGAAGCUUCUUGUGGGGUAGUAAGUUUUCUAAGGUUGCCUGGAGUGAUAUUUGCAAACCAAAAGAAGAAGGAGGGCUGGGGUUGAGGAACUCUUACACUUGGAAUCAAGCUUUUCUUAUAAAAAAUCUUUGGAAUAUUGCCUGUGCUAAGGAUACACUGUGGGUUAAAUGGGUUCAUGCAGUCUACCUUCAAAACAGGGAGACUUAUAUUCCCCCGAGAUUUUCUUUUACCACUUGGCUGACCCUUAGGAAAAGGCUCCCUACUAAGGUGAAUCUCUCCCAUGUGGAAAUGGAAAGCAGGGAAUGUAGCCUCUGUCACUUGGAUGCUGAAGACACAAAACAUCUCUUCUUUGAAUGCCAUGUCUCUGCACAGAUCUGGAAUGGAGUUAAGGAGUGGCUCAAGCUGGAUGUUGCUCUCUCAACUUUAAACCGAGCUAUCAAAUGGCUUAGGAAGUAUCACCAUGCUCAUUCAAACAUUAAGAAAAUGUGCAGAUUGCCAACCUUUAGCACUGUUUAUCACAUCUGGAGACAUAGAAAUGGGGCAUACUUUGAUCAGACUGCAGUUGAUGUCCAUUCUACUAUCCAGAAGAUCAAGUUGAGUGUUUAUAAGGUGAUGUACAGGCUGUUUCCUAAGGCCCCUUUAAGGCUGGGAAUGGACCAUACUACCCCUGCCUACUCAUCCUUGGAGUGGGCACUGGCAGUUUUGAUCUGGAGCCCCCUAGAGUGGACUUUGAUAUCUGAUUUGGAGUUCUUGAUUGGCCUUUGGCCUGACCACUGGGUGGAUUCCUAUUAUGAUGACUACUCGGUCAAUAAUGGACCUGAUUAUUAUCCAUACCAUGAGGAACCACCUUACAAUACCCCGUCUCGGAGCUUUGGAUAUUCUCCAUACCAAGACAACUGUGGGGAUUAUUAUGAAUCUCAUGGUGACCAAGAUGAUUACAAUGAGCAAGGGCCGAUGUACGAUGACCAGCUAGAUCCACUCAUUGAAGAAAUUCUGUGGACCGAGGAAAGAAUACAUAAUCUUGACCUAGCAUUAGCGGUGGAGUGUUCAUCAUUUGAACCACCCUAUUGUCGUGAUUACUCUCUGACUCGUGAAGAGCAAAUCGAAGCAAACAGAGAUGCAAUCCAGGCGAGAGAACGAUUUCUCAAAACAGUCCAAGAAGAACGCCAACUGCUCCAAACUCAGAAAGAAAACGAACAACGCGAAUAUUGGGAGCAUAUGCAAAAGAUGCUAGAGGACUUUAAGAAGGCUAUGGAACAACAAACUCUCCAGACUCAAAUGGAGAAAGUUGUUGCUCUAGAAGAGGAUGAAGAAUCUGAGACAAAAUCUGAAACUGAAUCUAACAAUGUCUCAAUUCUUGAAUACCCACAAACUCCACCACUGUAUAUCGAAAAUAAGAUAACACUUACAGAAAUGAUUGCACGAGGUACAGUGAUGAUGCUUCCUGAAAGCCCACGAAGUUUAAUCGUACAAGAGGUGAAGCCUACCGAGGAUCCUAUUUCGAAACCGCCUUCACCAGCUACACCAGAAAUGUUGGAGGAACAUGUCCUCCUAACAUUUGUUAAAGACACUUCUCUAGAGGAACCUGUUUUGGAGAAAUCUGAGCCCACCACCAACCCCCUUGAUACUGAUGAGUUUGAACAAUCUACAGAUGAGGAACUACCCUGUGAUGCUGAAUCCAUCACGUCUAUAGAAGUUCUUAAUGCUGAAAUCCCUCCGGAGGAUUCGAACAAAGUUUUCUUUGACUCUCUACUUGACGGGUAUGACCAUUCUUACUCGAAGGAAAGUUAUAGUCAAAUGAGCUCGGACGAACUCUUGAUGAGAGACACUGAAGACUCAAGGGAAGUCCAUGUCGUAAUCAUCUAUCCACCAACUGAAAGUCAGCCCAUUGGGGACUUGGAAAGUCAGAUCCUCGCACUGGAAAAGAACACAACUAAGGUGGAGUUUGGAAUCAGGAAUGCUGGUGAACCAUUUUGACUCAACAAAAAAAAGAGAAAUGACUAACUUUUGUGCAUAAAAUUUUUUGUAAAAACAUUUUUCAAAGAAAACUUGAGAAUUAAC